AUGAAUGAAGAGGAAGAAUUAGCAGGUGUGGAACACACGCAUGGUGAAGUGAUGUCAAGAAGAGAAGGAGAAAAUGAUCCUGAUCAACCGCCAGCGGGACGUGCAAGAGUGGAAGUUGUACCUCAACCCAAGUGGACAUUGAACACCAGAGUCAGGGAAAUACUUCUAGAUGGAUUGAAUAUCCCGGAGACACCUAAACUAAAUGAUUUCCUCCGCAAUAAUGUGGGUGGCAGGGGUGUUGUUGAUUCCAAUGAGAAUGUUACCAUGGAAGCAUUUGUCAUACAACCAGAUAUGUAUAUAGAGAAUAAAAAACUAAGGGAUCAUAUUACUGCAUUGCCCGCCUACGAGAGAAUAAAGGAAAAUAUGGGGAUUCUGCGGGAGGUUGCAAACAAUCUUGAAAAAGCAGGAGUUUAUUAUCUGCAGCAAUGGGAUGAAUUCACAGAGAAGGAGAGUAUUCUUUUAAUGGCAAGGGGAAAGCUGGAUGGAGCUCUUAAUAUUGCAAAGGGGAAGAAGUUUGUUUCUCAGUUAGCGACAUCUGUGGUAAUGGAAGGUGCAUAUGAAUCUGUGUAUACUGCGACAUGGCACUAUGUGGAGGGUGUUGGUGGUGAGGGAUUCGGUAUGCGAGUGAAAGAG